AUGGUGCUCGUGACCACUGAGGCCUUCAACCAGGAGGUCUUUUCCUGCUUCUCGCAGCCCCGCAGCAGCAGCAGCAGCAGCAGCAGCAGCAGCAGCAGCAGGCCGCACUCCGUGCUGCUGCUGAGCAGCUGCGACGUAGACAGCAUUUGCUGCUGCCAUUUGCUGCAGCUGCAUCUGUGGGCCCGCAGCCACUUCAGCGACAGACAAAACAAAGCCAGAGACAUCCGAGUGGACCUGCUCUUCGUUCGAAGCCCUGCCGACGUGCUGCUGUGGCUGGACCGGCAGGUGGAAGCAAAGAGCAGCAGCACAGCUCCAGUGUCUUUGUCUGUUGCUGCCAGCAGCAGCAGCAGCAGCAGCUACCUGUACAGCAGCAGCAGCAGCAGCUACUGGUACAGCAGCAGCAGCAGCCAGCAGCAGCAGCAGCAGGGGGGCCCCCGCCUCCCCCUCUAUGACCGCAUUUUCCUUAUAGGGCUGGGGGCCCCUGCAGCAGCAGCUUCUGCCCGGCUUUGUGCUGCUGUUGCAGAUGUGCUGCUGCAGCGCAGCGCAGCAGAAGCAGCAGAGGCGGAGCUGCUGCUGCUGCUGCAGCAGCAGCAGCGCGCGCAGCAGCAGCUGGGGCUCUCCGCUGCUGCUGCUGCUGCUGCUGCAGCUGGAGACUUCAACGCCCUCGACAGAGACAGCAGCAGCAAAAUCGAAAAUUAUAAAAAGAAAGCAGCAGCAGCAAUUCGAAAAAAUAUCAAAGUUGCUAUAAUUGACUCGAGACGGCCCGUGCUGCCAGCUCUAAUCAAGGAGGAGCAAUUUUUGUUGCUGGUGGAGCCCGGAGAAGCAGAAGAAGUGGAAGCAGCAGCAGCAGCAGCAGCAGCAGCAGAAGCCGGCAGCAGCAGCAAAGGCUCCCACUGCGGCAAACCCCAGGCGAUGCUCCUGGCCAUGGCGCUGCGGCCUUUGUACCCAAUAGAGGGCAGCGUCUGCUGCUUCUUAGCUGCUGUUGCUGCUGCUGCUGCGCUGCACUUGGGGUGUAUAGACAGCGAAGAACACAACGACUGGGUCCUUUCCAUCCGAGCCGUCAACGUCUCCUCCUUCCCUUUUGUCGAAGACGACGCCGACGCUGGUCUGCUGCCGCUGCUGCGGAACGGCUGCUUGGCGCAGUCGCUGCAGCUGAGCUGCGACCUUUUCGUAAGACAGAAGCAGCAGCAAAGAGGCCCUUGGCGGCAGCAGCUGCAGCAGCUGCAAAACAAACUCAGAGUUAGCUGCGGCAUUGAGUGCCACGCCAUGCAGCACCACUUCUCAGGACUCUCUGCACGGCAGCAGCAAACGGUUUUCAAUUACCUCAGGCAGACCCUCUCGCUGCCUGACAGACUCUGCAUUAACUGGAUUAGACACACUGAUGACGCAAAGCAUCGGGGGAGCUUUUCUUCAGUGCCGAGCACAGACGCCGCCUGGCUGCUGGCUGCUGUCCUGUCUAAAUGGCGCAAUGGUGAGACAGCAGCAGCAGCAGCAGCAGGAGUAGCAGCAGCAGCAGCAGCAGCAGCACGGGCUGCUGCAGCCAGUGUGCUGCUGUUUGCUGCAGAGGAGGACCCGCUCUUGGCCGCUCGCCGCAACGCCGUGGACGCCCUGCAGCUUCUCAAAAGCCUCACCACGGCGUCCAUCACAGAGAAGGCAGCAGCGCUGCAGCAGCUCCAAGAGGGGCAGCGGCUGCUGAAGUCGCAGCUGGCCCAAAUAUUCAUGCAGAUGGACUUGCUGCGCUGCAGCACUUCUCAGAACUUGCUGCUGCUGACAGUUCGGCACUGUCCGCCCUUUGCUGCUUGUUCUUUUUAUUUGCGGCUGCUGUGCGUUUUAGCUGCGCAGCAGCAGCAGCAGCAGCAGCAGCAGCUGCGGGGGGGGGGCCCCGAGCUGCUGCCCUGCGUGCUGCUGUGCCUCACAGAGGGGGGCCCCCAGAGGGGCCCCCCGGGGGGCCCCCAGGGGGGCCCCCCCGGGGCCCCCCGGGGGGCCCCUGGGGGCCCCCAGGGGGGCCCCCAGCAGCAAGCUUUAAUAUACUGCUGCAAACUAAAAGCCAGCAGCUACAGUCCUGACCUUUUCCCCGAAGUGCUGCUUGCUGUGGAGCGCCUCAGCAGCAGCAGCAGCAGCAGCAGCAGCAAAGUGGUGCAGCGGGACCCCCAAGACCUCAAUUUGCUGCGGCUCGCAGUGCCCCGCCUGGGCCCCGAUGUGCAGCGGCAAAUUGCUGCACUUUAUUUGGAAGCAGCAAGGAAGCAGCAAGAUGCAGCAGGAGAUGAAGACUUGCUGGAGGAGCUGCUGCCUUCUGCUGCUGCUGCUGCAGCAGAAGAGGAGGAGGAGGAGGAGGACGAGGACGAGGAGCAGCAGCAGCACGAGCAGGACUCUGAUGACGAAGCAGCAGCAGCAGCAGCAACAGAGGAUGAAGAGGAGGAGGAGGAGCAGCAGCAGCACGAGGAGAAUACAGAUCAAGAAGCAGCAGCAGAAGCAGCAGCAGAAGAAGCAGCAGCAGCAGAGUCAGACACAGACAGCGACGCUGCAGCAAAUGCCUAA